GCCCGCAGUCAGAGUAAGUCCGUCUGCUGCCGUCUUCUCCCCGGACAACAACAGCUGGGAUGUGUGAGUAGAAAGCCCGCCAGGCUCACGCGCAGCACCCAGAGGUGUCUCCAAACAUGGACAGGAUAGGGGUGUCGUUCCUGGACCCUCUGGAUGAUUACGAGUUAAUCCACCGGAUUGGGUGCGGCACCUACGGAGAUGUGUUCAAGGCUCGUAACAUCAGGACAUCUGAACUGGCAGCUAUCAAGAUCGUCAAGCUGGACCCUGGUGAUGACAUCACAUCCAUCCAGCAGGAGAUCACCAUGAUGAAGGAGUGCAAGCACAAAAACAUCGUGGCCUACUUCGGCAGCUACCACAGGAACACCAAGCUGUGGAUCUGCAUGGAGUACUGCGGUGGGGGGUCACUUCAGGAUAUGUACCACGUGACGGGCCCCUUAAAGGAGAAACAGAUCGCGUACGUGUGCAGAGAAACCCUCCAGGGCUUAUAUCACCUGCACGAAACUGGCAAAAUGCACAGAGACAUAAAGGGAGCCAACAUCCUUCUGACAGAGAGAGGAGAUGUGAAACUGGCUGACUUUGGAGUGGCAGCAGAGAUCAGCGCCUCCGUAGCUAAGAGGAAGUCCUUUAUAGGAACUCCGUACUGGAUGGCUCCAGAGGUGGCUGCAGUGGAGAAAAAGGGCGGCUACAACCACCUGUGUGACAUCUGGGCCGUCGGCAUCACUGCCAUCGAGCUGGCUGAGCUCCAGCCGCCCAUGUUUGACCUCCACCCAAUGAGAGCGCUGAUGCUGAUGUCCAAGAGCAGCUUCCAGCCUCCGAGACUAAAGGACAAAACCAAAUGGUCAGCAGGCUUCCAGAGCUUUGUGAAGAUGGCGCUCAUUAAAAACCCUCGUAAAAGGCCCUCAGCUGAGACACUGCUGCAGCAUCCGUUUGUGACCCAGCUCCUGACCCGUAACCUGGUCAUCGAGCUGCUGGACAUGGCCAACAACCCUGAGCUCCACACCGGCCACACACACAGCAUGGACGACAAUGACCUGGAGGUCGGGGAAAUGGCUCCUGACAAGAUCCAGUCAGCAGGGAAACACCUGCCUGUGGAGAGAACCCUGUCUGAAGAACAAUUUGACCAGGUGAAGUUUGGGCCUCCGCUGAGGAAAGUCACGGAGCCUUAUCCCGAUCUGCAGGGCUCAUAUGAUGACGACUGGAGUCUGUCUGGAGAUGAAGACAACUCACCGAGCCUGUUGGAAUGUGUGGAGCAAGCUCUGCAGCUGAGAAGUUUAACCAUUAGGAGGGCGCCAUCUACUGACGGAGGCAGGAAGAGUGGUUUGUUCAGUCCGUCCACAGCCUCCCUGCCAGCCUUUAGCUCUUUGACUCCCAACGCAGACGACAGUGACCUGACGCUGAGACCCAGCUGCACUCUGGGCCCCGACGCUGCCGUCACUGCUGACUCCACCUCCAGCACAGUGUUGUCCAGGUGUUCGGCCACGCAGGACAUCAGACAGCGCUGCAGUGAUCCAUGUCUGCCUGCGGGGGACGCCGUCACGGCAGAGAAGAGGAAGGCCGCCACCGUCACCUCUCCCAAAAGAGAGACGCCGCUGUCACCUGAAUGGAGCACGCUACGGAAAAAGACCGAGGACGCUAGGGCUGAUUGUCACGGACUCCCUCCUACCCCUCAAGUUCAUAUGGGAGCCUGCUUCUCCAAAGUCUUCAACGGUUGUCCUCUUAAGAUCCACUGUGCUGUCACAUGGGUUUUACCCAAGACAAGAGAUCAGCACCUUAUUCUUGGGGCAGAGGAGGGCAUUUAUACACUGAACCUUAAUGAACUGCAUGAGGAUACACUAGAGAAGCUGCUCCCUCAGAGAUGCACAUGGCUGUACGUUAUGAACAAUGUGCUGAUGUCUGUAUCAGGGAAGUCUUCCCAGCUGUACUCCCACAGUCUGACAGUUCUGUUUGAGCAGAGAGGACAUCUGCAGAAGAAACACAGCAGCCUGUCGCUCAGCACCAGCCGCUUCACUGAGAGGAUCAGCUCCAGCCACAGAAAGUUUGCCAUAUCUGUGAAGAUCCCCGACACUAAAGGCUGUAGGAGAUGUAGUGUAGCGAGGAACCCAUACACAGACAGCACCUUUCUGUGUGGGGCAGUUCCAUCCGGCCUGGUUCUUCUGUUGUGGUAUGAACCUCUGCAGAAGUUCAUGCAUCUAAAGCACAUAGCAAUGAGGCUCCCCGACUCUCUGCCGAUAUUUGAGCUGCUGGUGUUGGUGUCAGACGAGUUUCCCCAGCUUUGUGUUGGUGUGAGAGACUGCAGCAACGGCAAAUGCCCCGUCAACCAACAGCUCAAGUUUGAUAUCAUCGAGCUGAACAGCUCGCCUAUCUCAGCACCAGAUAGCGGAGCACUCAGGGCAGUGCAGGUAACUCAGCUGGACAGAGACACCGUCCUCAUCGCAUUAGAAAAAACUGUAAAGAUUGUGAACCUCCGAGGGCUUCCAUCCAAAGAGCUGGCUCCUGAAAUGGUCUUUGACUUCCCCAUUGAGACUCUAGUGUGCCUACAGGACAGUGUGUUGGCGUUCUGGAAGCACGGUCUCAAAGGGAGGAGUUUCCAUUCAAACGAGGUGACACAAGAAAUCACAGAUGAGAGUCGAGCAUUCAGAGUUUUGGGAACAAACAGGGACAUCAUCCUUCAGAGCACACCGACAGACGACCCCUCGGCACUGAGCAACCUGUACAUCCUGACUGGACACGAGAGCAGCUACUGAGAUAAAACAUGUCAGCGUCUUUACACACUGAAGAGAAAUGCAGAUGUGUUGUCCAGCCUUGGUUGUGUCCCUCUUCACUGGAGCUGCAGCAGACACCAGCACCAACCUUCUGCUCUGAGGGACACAUGUCAGUGUGGAAUUCAGUUAUCCGUCCAGACUCAGACUGUAAGUUGUUGGGCAACAUGUGUACAAGAGAGACUUGUCAACAUGCUAAGUGCAUUUCUAACUUUUCUUUGGCAAAAUAAAGCUGCCAAAAACCAAGAUUUUCUCAUAAAAACAGUUCAUUUUACCAGCUUAAAUCCCAGUGUGACUGCAGCAGGAAAUAGCUCCAUCCUGCUGACGGAGAUGAUUGACUGCUGUCAGUAUGGACCACAGACUGAGGAGCAGCGUGGACAGAACAGAUAUACUGUUCAUUUCUGAAUUGAUGUUUUGAAGCUUUUAUUUGGGCCUAUUGCUUCUUGUUGUCUUUGUCUCAGUUACUGGAACCAGAACAUUGGGUCAAGUGGGAGGAAUAGCAGGGAGGAGCGAGCGAGCCGCAAACACCAAAGCUGAGUGUGAUAGGCUGAGACACCUGUCAGUCAACACAAAAGAAAUAAUGAUAGCAACAAAGAGCCUGUUUACACCCGCUAUUAAGAUGCUUCUUGGGUUGGUCUGAUCACAAGUGGACAGUCACUACGUUUACAUGAUGUUAGGAAAUGUCAAAUUAUUGUGUCAGUCUGACUAAACAUGUUAGUCCAACUGAAAUCGGACUAAAUCGGUUUUCUCGAAAUCAGACUAACAAAAAAUCAGUUUAAGUGUGCACUAUAUUUGAAUACUGUCUCCUCUUAACCUUCCACAACAACAGAGCAGCAGCUUUGCCGUUCAGUGACGUAAAAUGACUGUUUUUCUCAGUGAAGUCUGGUGGUUUUGAUAUAAUGUCUUUAAACCUCCAUCGGUAAGGGCUGUCUUACGGCAAGAUAGUGGUGAAAAUAUUCCAAAUAUCACAUACACUUAAACUGAUACUGAUUUUCUUUUAGUUGGCCUAAAAAUAAUCAAUUACAGCAGAGUUUGAUUAUUUGUGCGUGACAUUGUGGUUUUCUACCAUGAAGUUAUUGUAAAUAAUCAGUUAUAAUAAUCUGUGCAUGUAAACAUACUGAAUAUAAAUGACCACCAAGAUGAUUGUGAUCAUAUCAUUCAUACAACGUGGGAUGCAUUUCACCACACAUCUUUUGUACUGUAAACACUAAUGCAUCCUGGACAAGGAUCGUGUCAUCGAUGCAGAAUGUGGUUCUUGUUUUAGUGACAGCGUGCUAACUCUCUAAAACUUGGCCAUCUUCCAUAAGUUGGUUGGAUCGUUUAUCAUUUUGCACUAUGGAUAGAGAUGUGUUGAAUUCUGCUGACAGCAAUAUCUCCAGCUGUACUGACACAACCACUAACGUGACAAGCAUGCUAGUGAACAGCAAUAGUAUGAAUGUGAACUCAGUAACUGUGCAUGGGGUCCUUUGACUGCAUGGUAGACUCAUGUGUGAGUGGCGAUGUGUCUUAGCUGUUCACUUGUGUUAAAAUCACUGAAAAGGAAUCUAAUACCAGGUGUAAACGGGCUCAGAGAUGUUCUGUAAAGGAAAUGAUCAAAUUUAGGAUAUUUUCAAUGGAUUUCUGUGGAGUCUGACAUUUUUGGAACCUAGUGACCAUUGGUGGAAGUGUAGCUAAAGACAGUUGCUUCACCAAUUAGCCAUUGGGGUCACCUUUUGGGGUCAAAUUUAGCACAAACGUCCACUUGGCCUCAAGGAUGCACUAAUUAGAUUUUGGUGGUUCUAAGUCAAAGGUUAAGGUCACUGUGCUUUUGUCUGUCUUAUUCUUUGAACACAAUUUGUCAAGAACAGGGAAUAUUUUAUAUUUUGGCACAAACACUCACUUGGACUCAAGGAUGAACUGGUAAAUUUUUGGUGAUGAAAAGGUCAAGGUCACUGUGGCCUUGCAUCUCAGUCAUUUUCGUGAAUUCAGUAUCUCAAGAAUGCCUUGAGGGAAUUUCUUCAAGUUUAGCACAAAUAUCCCCUUGAACUUAACGAUGAGCUGGUUAGAUGAAUAUUAGUGAGUAUUACAGUGUGUUUAAUCAAGUUAACUUCUCAAAUGUAUACUAACUUGUGAUUAUGUCGUUCGACAUUUGAUGUAUUUUGAAGUUUAUGAAUGUGCUAGCAUAGCAGCAUUUACAUUGCAAUUUUGAUGAAUUCUUUUCAACUCUUUGGUUAUGAAGGGUCCUUUCAUUGCAGUCAGUUACCCAUCCCAACUAUUUCUUUCAGUGUGCUGAGUUUGGGCUGAUGCAGAGCCAGGUCAUAAUUUAAUUAGGAACUUGUGACAGCAGUGUCAGCAGCUGGAAUCGGGCCACCUUAUUUGGCCUAAUUCUUGGGUUUAUUCAUCCCAUCUGUCAACGGCGUAGUGCAGUGUGAAGUGACUUAUUUCUUCUGGUGUGCCGAGUUUGGGCCGAUGCUGGGCCAGGUCAUUAUUGAUAACAGCCCAGUGAUGGCAGUGUUGGCAGCUGGAAUCGAGGCAGCUUAUUUGGCCCGACUCUGGGAUGUCAUUCAUAACGUGUCUCAGCUGAGUCAUGAAAUGGGAUGCAGCGUGACUUAUUUCCUCCAGCUUGCCGAGUUUGGACCAAUACUGGGCCAGGUCAUUUUUUGAUUAUGGCCCAGUGUUGGUAGUGUUGGCAGCCAGAAUCAGGCCACUUUAUUUGCCCAGAUUCUUGUGCAUUGCUAAUUACGUGUCACAGCGGAUUUGGACAACCGAAAGUGACCUGACUUCUGGUGUGUUAUGUAUGGGCCAAUGCUGGGCCAGGUCAUUUUUUGAUUACGACCCAGUGAUGGCAGUGUCAGCGGCUGGAAUCAGGCCAGCUUAUUUGGCCCAAUUCUUGGGCUUAUCCAUCCCGUGUCUUAGCGGAGUGGUUCAACUGGAUGUGGCCAAACUUAUUUCAUCCAGCGUGCCAAGUUUGGGCCGAUGCUGGGCCAGGACAUUUUUUGAUAACAUCCCAGUGAUGGCAGUGUUGGCAGCUGGAUUUGGGUUGGCUUAUUUGGCCCAACUGUGGGGUGUCAUUCAUCCGUGUCUCUGCAGAGUCGGGCAACUGGACACAGCGUGACAUUUCCUCUCCAACUUGCCACUUUUGGGCUGAUGCUGGGCCAGGUCCUUUUGGCUACAUAUGAUUGGUGCCAAACACUGCUUUGAUAUGUGUCUCUAUGUCCCUAGUCUGUCAGCAGUAUUAUUACUUUAGCUUACAUAUAGGCUUAAUGAACAUUGUAUUCCAUGAAGUGCCAUAGAAACUGAAUGCAAUUAAAUUGUAUUUUUGCUUGUUUGACUAAAAUGUAAAAAGCCACUACAUUAGAGUGUUGUGUGUAAUGAUAUUUGUUAUUUAUGGAAAGGGAACUGUUAGAGUAACACUCAUCCAUCCCUGAGAGAUACUUGAAAGACGUAAUAUGCAAAUGGAUUUUUGUUUUUUAAGAUGAUUUUAUUGUUACUGUGUAUACAUUUUAAGUACAUAACAAUGCUCUUAUGGUAUUGAGGGGUUGUAAAAUGGGCAAUAAAGAUUUUAAUAUCCUUUGAA